GAGAGAGAAAACGGUUUUUGGAGUCUCAAAUGUUCGCUCGUUCUAUUGAAUUCUAAUUUUCGUUGAAAGCUUUCUCUGUUCGUCGAGGUUCACAGCAUUUCUUUGUCUUUUGAGAGCUGGAGGAGAAGAAAAGGGAGACUGGAUGAGAAGAGAAAAUUGUUCAAUGUUUGAAAGUAUCGUCAUUGAGGCCACUGCGAGACAGAGGGCGCUCGUAAAAGCCUAAACGUGUUGAAGCUUCAGGAAUUAACAAGUAAUUAAACUCAUACGUAUCUGACGGAACAGCCAAGAUGUUCAAACUGUGUUACUGGGGCGUCACCAUAGCAACAUUGGUGAUUUGCGAAGCCACAGUGACGUCUGCACAGAUUGGAAAUCAAAGAGAUGCGGGUGAUACUCUGGGCGCUGAGAGAGACAGCACAGGGAGUGGUAAUAACGUUGGUGUCGCUGACCAAGAGGGGGGCGGUGACAACAGCAGCAAAACAGGCAAUCAGAACAACCCGUGGGUCGCGGGGAACACCAACUGUUCCUGCAUGCGGGAACUCAACGCUCUGAAACGGGACCUGAGAGAGGAGAUGAACCAGCGACUGGCGCUCAAAGCUGCCCUGGACACCUACGUCUCAGAACUGUACGACCUCCGGAACCAGGUCACUGCCAACUACAGCAAGACUCCCGCGCCAAACGCCAUCGCAGCCUCGCCCAGCGCAUCGUCCGUGGCGUUCUCCGCCAAGCUGAGCUACAACCGAGAGCUGAAGCCGCUAGACACAGUCGUCUUUGACACCGUCCUGACCAACGAGGGCGACGCCUACAGCCCGGACUCGGGCAAGUUCACCGCCACCGGCGCGGGGACCUACCUGUUCCACGCCACCAUUCUGUCUGGAUACAACACAAAGGUGGAGACCGCCAUCAUCGUCAACGACAAGGAAGUCGCGCGCAUUUACUCCGGCGCGCAUGACGCCCACGGGAGCGGAAGCAAUAUGGCGGUUGUGGACCUGCGCAGUGGCGACCUGGUGUGGGUGCGUCUGCUGUACCAAGGUGGCAACCACGUGCAUGGCUACUACAGCACCUUCACAGGGGCGCUUCUGCAACCAGCACACGCUUGACCUCUGAACCCUCACAGGUUGACCGGGGAAGAGGGGUGGGGUGGGUGACGGGUGGGACAAGGAGCAAGGUACGAAUAUAGAAUGGUCCAUGACAAGCCGCUAAGAAAGAGAUGUCCAGGAUACCGUCCGCUAUAGUCACCCACCCCUCGUCCCCCCAAGUGGUCCUCACAUUGACUCAGUAAUGUGCUGAAAUCUCAACACGACUAGGCGCAUAUCAAAGGCUAAAGCCGGGCACUUCUUGUGCCUCUUUAAUGGUGUAUCAUAUUGACUCAUAACGGUUCUUCAGUGUCCUGUGGGUAAAAGUGCAGUGGACAAAAGAACAGCAAUAAAGGUCGUUUGCAAGAGGAAAA